AUGGCAUCUGAAGCCUCUGUCGCCCUCGGUGUAGGUGUCACCCUCGCUUUAUUCGUGUUUUUUGCUGUCGUCCUUGUCUUUUUCGGAGUGUUCACGAAUGAAUCUCGCACACGCAGCUUCGAACGCGAAAGGCAGCAGCGGGUGGAGCUGGUGCGGCAGAGGCGCCGGCAGGAGCAGGAGCAGUGGCGUGAACGGCGCCUUCGCGAGGUCGUUCUGCUGCUGAUUGAGCGUGGCGAGGCGCUAGAGGGAGUAUCACUUGCGUUUCAACUCCCAAAUCGGCCAGAAGUCAGCGCCAGACGAGUGCUACACAGCCGCCGUGGCGUUAACUCGGUGCGACAGAAUCUCGAGAUUCAACUAGCAGACGAGCAGGAGAACAACCGUCUUGAUGAAGAGGCGCGGAGGAUUGCCCGCAUGCCGCUCAAUGAGCUUCUUGCGAACGGGCGACCGCAGAAUGCCGACGCAGGUCCGGAUGUGAUGCAGAUGCUGCUUGAUGGGCAGGAGAUUCAGCACCACACGACCAGCGAGGACGACAGCGAUUUCUACCUCAAUGACGAAGAUACGAUGCCAGUGAGUGUGAUGCCGUUCCUGAGCCAGCAGGUGAAUGAGGAGGCGCGACAUGACAGAGGCGGUGGCGGGACGGCGCCACCGACGCCGCUGCAAAGCUCCGCGUCAGCACCCGGACAACCGCAGCCGCAACAGGGCGAUGGCGCCAUGAGCAACAAUGUGGCGGCGGAGGAAAGCGAGAUAGACGCGCGUACGGCGGCCGUGCUUCUCCAAGAGCAGCGGCUCCGCGACAGCCGUGAGAUGGCUCUUCUGCAAGAACUCCGCCGCGAGAAGCGACGCAAGCAUCUCAGGGCCGCUGAAGAAGUGUACGGCGAGGGGGCUGAUUACGAGCAUAACCCCGCAAACGACGCCCUUCUGCGCAUCCAGGUGAACAGUGGUGGCAGCCCAGGGUCGCCGCUGUGGCGCUUCCUCACCCCGCUCACGUCGCUUCGCACAAAUCGGUCUCGUCGCGACACUAAGUCUGCCUUCGACGGUCUCUCUCCGCAGGAAUCAACCGUUUAUCAGAGAGAAAACACGGUCCCGCAGAAGACCCCUGCAUCCGGAAAGAAGAAAAACCGCAGCUUUGAGGUGGCUCCCUUCUGA